CGACAGGUCAGGCUUGCGCCAUUUUCAAAUGCUACCAGGGCUUGUUGUGACAUGCCUUUGUGAAACAUCAUAUGGCUAAAUAUACCGGAGCACAUUGAAAAUAUCAACAUCUUUUGACUUCAUCUCUGUUCGCAGAGGCAGGAGAGGGCACAACGAUGGCUGCCACUGCAUCUGCUCAGGCGCAGCAGAAGUUUACAAAUGUUCGACGCCGACUGGAUCAGUUGGGAUACCGGCAAAGUCUGGGCAUUGAAUCACUCCCACUUGUGGAGAAACUGUUUGCAGAUCUUAUUCACACAACAGAAAGUUUGAAGACGGCAAAAUUGGAACUUGGCAAACGUCAAAAUGAGACGAAAGAGGUUGAUGGUGCUGUGGAGCCGUACAAGAUGGACAACGCCAAGCUGGUGCGGGAGAACAAUGAGAUUCACCUGCAGCUCAUUAAACAGAAGGAAGACAUGGACACUGUUGUUAGAGAGCUGAAGGCCUCUCUGCGCAAGCUGGAGCACGAGAACGCGGACCUGAAGUUCCUCAACAACCAGUAUGUGCACAAGGUUCGGCAGCUGGAGAAGGAUGCUCGGGAGAAGGCAGAUCGCAUCCUCAGUCUGCAGGAGAAGAACUUCCACGCUGUUGUACAAACUCCAGGCGGUAGAAAGAAGACCAUUCCAUUCCGUCGGCAGCGUAUGGAGAUCGACCUGACCGUCCCAUCAGCCGAGAGUUCAGGGUUCAAUGUCCCUCCCCCGGAUGACCCGUACGUGGCUGACCUGCUCCAGGUCGCCGACACCCGCAUCGCCAACCUGGAGGAGGAGGUGUGCACGCUGCAGGAUGAGAAGGACGUCAUGGACAGGAAGAUCAGGACCUUCAGGCAACAGGUUGAAGGUAGAGAUGAGGAAAUAGAGAGGAUGAGCAGGAUGUUAGACGGCGGCCGCCCGGCCGAUGUGGUGGCACUCGAGACGCGCAACCGCGCCAACGAGCGGAUGAUCUCACACCUUAACAUACAGGUGGACUUCAUGAGUAAUAAGAACCGUGAGCUUGAAAGAAAGCUCCAUGACUCCAACUACAAGAUCACAGAUGCAGACUCUAAGCUGAUGAAACGGCAGUCCCAGAUCCGCGACUUGGAGGCGGAGCUUCACGAUGUUGACCGCAUUGCCAAACGCAUUCAAGGGGACAAGGAGAAGGUUGUCAAGACGGCCGACAGGGAGAUGUUCGAGGCGAAGGAGGAGUUGGAGAAGUCGCGCUUCGAGCUGGAGGGACUCGACAUGACCGUCGCCCAGUACAAGGCUGAAACAAAGCGUAUGUCGAAGGAACUUUCCGAAAUGAAAAUGAGGUUCUCUUCCAAGGAGAAUGAGAACAUUCGUCUGGAAGGUCUGCUUGAUCGCAUCGAGGAGGAGAAACGACGUCUCAGUCAGCGCUGCAACAAGAUGACCGCCAACGAGAAGGAGUUAGUUCUGGAGAUUGAGCGUCUGAAGCGAAAGAAUGGCCCCGUGAAGAAAGGCAAGAUCCCCAGCAAGUUAGAUGCAUUCAUCCGUAGUGUGGAGGAGGAGAGAGAUUACUACCGGGAGCAGGCUGAGUCGCUGCAGCGUCUCCUCCGUGGCGACCCUCCCCGCGCCCGCAGCCCCAUCCGGUCACGCCCCUCAUCCCGCGCUGGCAGCCCUGUCAGGGAGGCCACACCCUCAAGGUCCGAUAAGAAGAGCAUCGUCCAGUACGAGACCAUCAUGCGGGUCCUGGAGGAGGAGAAGGACUACUACAAGAGGGAGUACGAGGCCCUCAAGCUCCUCAAGAGGUCAGCCACACCCAUCAGGUCUUCGCCCACCAAGGGUAUCAUGGAGGAGGCGGAGAUCAGUCGCCUGACAAGGGAGAGGGAUGAGCUGAAGGGACUCCUCGACAAGUUUGAGAGGCACAUGGCAGAGAUCCAGGCCAACGUGAAGGUGCUGACCUCCGAGCGUGACAAGCUGAACAGCAUGUACGAGGAGACACGCGAUGAGCUGAUGCGACUCAGGAGGGAGCUGGUCAUCUCUCCCAAGUCCCCCAAACCCUCUCUUGCAGCUCAGGCCCUCCUCCGACGGGCGGAGAAUGAGCGGGACGACGUCAUCGCCGACCUCCGCCGCCUCACCACGGAACGAGACAGUCUACGAGAACGCCUCAAGAUCGCUACCGAGACAUCUCUCUCUGACCGAGCUCGCCUGGAGCAGAGGGUGGAGGACUUAGAAAAUACACUACAUACAGUGGAAGCUGAGCGGAAUGAAUUCAUAGUACGGGUGAAUGUUCUCAAGGACGAAAUCAAAACUCUAGAGGAACAGAUCAAGGACAUGGCCUUCAGGCUGACAGAGGUCACAGACGAUGCUUCCAAGGUCAGGUCGACCGCCAGCCAGAUGAAAAUGUUGGCGGAGGAGUCGGAGAAAUCUCUGGAGGAGACCCAGAGACGUCUGUCUCGCCGCGAGGGAGAACUGCAAUCUCAGGAGGAAAGAUCAGUAACUCUUGAGGAGCGGCUGGCCGAGUUGUCCAGAGCUCUGCAAAUUGCCCGAGACGACGGCAAUCAGCUCCGCAACACCAUUAAUGCCAUGGACCGUGAGAAGGACUCCCUACAGCUCACUGUUGAUGAGAAAACGGAGAAGCAAGCACAGCUCAAUAAUGAACUCCAUGACAGGGAGAGGUUUAUCAGUGACCUCAAGAUUCGGGUGUCGGAGCUCGAGGCUCAACUUGGACACGCCAAUGAGAACCUGAACCUAAAGGACCGGGAGCUCAAGAGUAUGAGACGUCAGCUGGAGUCCACUGGCGAGGAUCUCACCGAGACCAGCCGCAACAAGGACAUUGCCCUGAGAGAGAACAGGCGGCUCCAGGAUGACCUCGCUGUCAUGACCAAGGAGAAUCAGAAGCUGAACCAGGAGCUGCAGGAUGCCCUGGAAGAGCGUGAGCAGCUGAAGGUCCAGGUCCAGGCGUACAUCAUCGAGGUCAAGCGCACCGAGGAUGUCCUCUCAUCCAAGGAGCAGGAGCGGUCAGACAUCCUGGAGCAGUACCGCCGACUGUCGAUGGAGGCAGAGCAGUACCAGACCACCAGCCACCAGCUGGAGAGCGAGGGAUCCAACCUGCGACUGGAGCUCAUGACGAAGGACUCGGAGCUGCGGCGCUACCGCGACAAGACCGACAACUUGGAGAGGGAGGUGCAGGAGCAUCUGUCAGCCCAGCAGUCGUACGAGAUCCAGCUGUCGAACCUGACCCGGUCGGUGGCCACGCUGGAGGAGAGCCUGCGACAGACCGAGGAGGACAAGCAGAACCUGCUGGCCGACCUGACCGCUGUCCGCGAGAUGUGCAGCCGCCUGGAGGGCGUCAAGGAGACCCUGCAGAGGCAGCUCACCUCUUCCUCCCUGGACAAGGAGCAGCUCGCGAGUGUCAUCGAGGACCUGCGCCAGGAGGGCGACCUCCUGAAGGGCCAAGUGUCAUCGGAGCGCACCACCGCCAAGAACCUGGAGAGUCUCCUGCAGAACAACCGAGAGAAGGAGUUCCAGUUCCAGCUCACCAGCCAGGAGAGGAACGCGGAAGUCCAGAUGCUCAAGGACAGGCUGUCACUCAAUGAGAGCAAAAUCCAAAGUCAGAGUCGUGAGAUUGCGUCACUGCGGACCAGGAAUGUGGAGCUGGAGGGAGACGUGGAGAGACUCCGCAGACAGCUGACAGGGGAGCGGUUCGAGAGGGAGAGGGCCGUGCAGGAGAUGAGGAGACAUGGGCUCAACCCGCCAGUUAUGAUAUCAGAGUAUUCAUCCUCACUCACUCGGGUGUCAAGGUCAUAUAGCCCGGGAAGGGCAAGGUCACGCUCAAGGUCAAGAUCACCUAGUCCUAGCAGAUAUCGCAGUCCAGAUACUUCCAUGUUGAGCUCCUCCGGACGCCGUCGGUCGCCAGAACGUACAAGCUACAUAGGACAGGAUGACGAUCUUCUGGACACUACACCAAAAAGCUACGGUCACGAUGUCCUAUAAACACUCCGACAUCGGAUCCUGAUUUCCAGGGAAUGUUUAAAAUGACAGCAGGCACAGGAUUACUCGGAUACACAAAUUGCGCCUAAAUCUCUCUCCGUCAGACAUUUGUCUGAUAGGAAAGCUAAAUCUCAGCCCUAGCUUGACAUCUAAGUAUUCCAUUUAUUGAAGUCUUUGUAUUUGCCUUGUAUCAUACUGAACGGGUGAUGCAUUUCGUCAAAGAUAAGAUACUGAUGACAAUCCAGUCUACCACACCUCUUCCUAAGCCUUAAGAUUAUGAUGGAAGUUGAGUUUAAAUUCUGUGCCAGUCCCAUGUGAUCAAAUAUCGACAUUGGACUUGCAGGGGAAGACCACUGCCAAACAUUCCAACCUUCUGUAGCGAAGAGUCGACCAAGGGAAACAACUCAUGGCCACAUCCUGUCACUUGAGAUAUUAUUUAUUUAAGGAGCAUUGUUAAUAUGUAGCCAAGGUUGACCCUGUAUGUCAUGGUUUGUCAUCAUGGAUAAUGGGAAUUGCUAUUCCAAUGCAAACUGGACAAACGUCAUCUGUGAUAAUAAAACAGCAUUGAAGAUUCAGUUAACUGCUGUGUCCCUUACAAGGUUAAAUGUACAUUUUAGACAAGGUUUUCAUAGUCGAACGUAUGCAGUGUACCACACUCAAGUUAUACCUUGUCCAACAUUUAUAUUUGCAAGGGACGUCAUUUGCUUUAAGUUUUAGAGCUACAAAAGGUUAUACUGUUGAUUGUAGUAGGUCAAACGAAGGUAUAUAGUGUGUAACUCUCAGUAUGUCUGUUGUAUUUAAAAAGCUGGACUGUGAUACGUGUUUCUCCUCGGAGCCAGACGUCGUGCAGGGCGAUGUGUCUACAUGAGUCUAGCAUGUGGUGGCUGUAGGGCUAUAAUGUAGCUUGUCACUGCCACUUGAUGGCUACCUAUCCACUUCUCAACCACUGCCACAAAGCAAUCUCAACUCCCUGCAACACCCAGGUCAACAUGACAUAGCAAGGGAAGGAAAUAAUGCACCAGGGCCCACUUGCACAAAGCGAUCAUAGCGCUACGACUACCGCAAGCCUAUGCUAAAAUAUGGGAGUUACGAUCAUCUUAGUGCUAAGAUCCUUUUGUGCAAGUGGGCCCAGGAGAUAAUUUAUGAAGCUAUGCCAAGAAAAGAACAUUUCAAACACUUGCAUUUUUCCAAAGAUAAUUUUAUUUAUUAACAUCUUGAAGAAAUUUUUGUCUCUUUAUUAAACAAUGUUGGUGUUUUUUUUAUCCAUGCUUCUUUUUUAUGUUGAUACACAAGUAACACAAGAAAUGAUCACAGCAUGGACUUGCAACUGUUAAGAUGGCUUUGUAGUGCAGUGGUUUAAAAACCUGGGCACAGUUGUUGCGAUUCUGACUUCAACUUUUAAAUACCCCAUUAUGAAAAUUGACAGUUUUGCUGUACAUAAUUUGAAUUUAGGUCCCUCUUGUUUAUUAUGAGUGCUAUAUUUAUUCCUGCUUGUGUUGACACUUGUUGCAGCUGUGCCCUACUGGCUCUAGAAGCUGUACUUGUAUAGUAUUGAAAACCUCGGCAUGAAAUCCGUCCAAUGGUCUCCUAGUUUUACAUAGGUAUUCCCUCCAUCCAACUUUUAUUUUUUGUGUUUUGUACCAGUAUUGUAGAUAGAUGGAUGUACUUUGUUUACAUACUAUAGUGACGAAUAUAACAAAUAGAUAUUAAUUUGAAAUUUUAGAUUUAGUAUGAAUGGAACUAGCAAGAUGUCAUCCUCAUUUUGAAAAAUCACUUUUUGUCUUCUGAAAUUCCAUAUUUACAACUUGGAAACAUCAGAUUGAUUUUAUGUUCUUUUGCCCUGGUAAUGAGGGAAGUUAUCCAUGGCCAUUUUAGUCUUUGAACAAAGUAUAUUUUGACUAAUUGUAUAUAUUCUACAUAUAUAAAUAUAUAAAUAUAUUAUUUAAUUGCUUUUACUUACAUAAUUCUGUAGUUUAUGACUAUUACUAACAUCUAGGACCCCUCAAGGUGUGCAAGAUAAACAUAAAGUCACAGAUCAACAUGAAAAUCAUGAAAUCUGGCGUGCAAAGGUUUUCCAUGUAGUCCUAUUUAUUUCUAUUUUGUUACAUAGCCUAACAUUGAAGCUGUCAUAGAUAUUGUGUAGGAUACUCCAAACUCUGAUACAUUCCAACCUCUCCGCUGUGCAGUGUGUGGAGCUCAACAUUCCAGUAGGGGAGGCAACUGUUGUGUGGAGCUCAACAUUCCAGUAGGGGAGACAACUGUUCAUCCUCAGCUACUGUGGACGUAGUGAAUCGUAGCUAAUGUUUGUCAGAUGAGACUGUGUGCUGAGCCCUGUGAACAUCAGCGCUGGGUGGUCACCCCUGUAUGUCAAGACUUUGUAUUUUCAAACUGCCCUUAAUGUUUAAUUUUGCUGAAGUGACGUCCCCUCUUAUCUACCAAUAGAAACUUGUUGUCUUGGUUUCUGAAGAAUUCAUAUAAGAACUGUGUAGUUAGUGAAUUUGUGACCAAAUGACUCGCAACAGAUCAUAGUUUAUCAUUUCUUAAGACUGAACGUCCUCCUACUUCGGUCUUUGCAAUCCUGUCCCUCCUUCUGAAGACCCCCAGUGUGAUGUUUCCAUGGUGAUACUAGCAUUACCUCAACGAAGGAUCGUCUUCCAGCAACACAUGACUCCAUUACCAUACUGCCUUACGAUGUCUGCAGAUGUAGUAGAUUCUGAUCUGUCCACUCCUCAAUAAAAUAUGUCCAUAACCAAA